GCUGCCUGCAAAAGGAAAGCAUGAAAUAUUCUUUUAGCGACAGAGCCUCAGUGACCUUCAGUGCUCUGGCGCGACCUCACUCACCCAUCUUUGAGGCCUUUGUUACUUGCAGCGAAGAAACCAUACUGCAUGACGAAUUUUCACUCAGUAAGCAAAACAUUUCCUUCACAAGAACAAAGAAAUUUGGAGACACUGAAAAGAAGAAGUACCCGAGCCCGGGAACUAGCGAAGGCUGGACGGAAUUCUCCCUUGUUGCAAAAUCUGACGGAUACCGGCUGGAGGAUUCCAAAGGGCACACGUGGAUGUCAGAGAGAGACACACAAGGCUGCCAGGCGGAUGAAGUCAAUCUUACCAAGGGUGUUUUCAUGGGCGAGUGUGGCAACGGAUCACCUACAUGGCAGGUAUCAGAAGGGAAGUGUGUGGAGGUCCCCAUGCCGUUACUAGACUCGUACAGGCCUCUACAAGUCUCUCUCUCCUCAAACACGCCAUUUACUCCUUCCUUUGAAGUUGGAGGAGCCAAGUUCGCCUUGAGCUGGGCCAACGAAGCCCUUCUGGUGGUGACCAGAGGCGACACGGAACCUUUACCCUCAAAUAGGAAUCUCACCUUCGUAUUGAUAGCCGAAGGGAAAACUGCACUGAAGGUACUGGUAUCUGGCCACGUCGACUAUGUAGUGAAUUCGACAUCUAAGCCCAAUUCUAUCUCUGCAUGUGGGAAACAUGGGCACUUCUCUCUACAACAGCACCAGGAAGUGAAUGUCUGUGAAUCAACGACUCUUCCCACUUCAGUGCCUCCUGUGGUAGCAGAUAAAGUCGUCUUCAUUGUGGUAGGAACCUCUCUCGGCAUUUUGGUAAUGGCGGCGUUAUUUGUCUCCCUGUAUUGCAAGGCGCGGGCAACCAGGGAGAAUCAAUCGGUAAGUGUGCCCGAGCAGUCCACGACGCCUCCGCCUAGCCUACAGCUACCUCUGCCCACCCCACCAACUGUGCCCGUGUGCAGUUGGCCCCAAGGCACCUCCAGUUCCCAGGCCGAAAUCUACUGCGAAAUGGUGCCGAUCUCCAACAUUCCGCCCCCUCUGUGGUCGUAUGAGGUAGACGCCAUGGAGACGCUUAAUGACACGUAUGAGAGUGCCGGCUGAUCCGCACGACAUUGCUUGGACCCGAAUCAUUCUUAUUUCUUCAAUUUUAUUUUAAUUGAUGUUACUACUUCAUUACCUUUUAUUUAGAUUUUGUUUCACUUUUGUCAUAAGUCUUGCUAUUAACGAUGAUGAUGGUGAUAAUAAUAACUGAUUAUAAAUUAAGGGUAUUCAUAGAGAAAUGAAUGAACUAGAGAAAUAUUUUUAUCAAAAAAAGAAAUACUUUAUACAAUUUACCAACUAUGCUACAGUGAACUGUGGCUAAAAGUAGUAUUUCUAAUGUGAAUUUGGCAUAAGUAACGCAUUCACACAGCGAUGUGCCUGUAUUUGUUUUAGGAAUUUCCCAAUUACUUAACGACUGAUGCAGGACCCAAAAUCAAACGAGCAUAGACAUCACAGAACCCUACUACGUAUAUAUGUUCCCUGUAUUAUAUGUAU